AUGACUGAUAAACUUGCCACGAAAAUAAUCAAUGAUGUGACAAAGAUAAUAUCGUCAAAGAAAAAGUCAAAAUUAGGUGAUAUUCUCUCAAAGCUGAAAUCUUCUCCCGCUUUUACGGCGAAAGAAGCAGAAAAACUUUUUGCAAAGUUUUUAGUUAAAGAGCUUAAUACAAAAAGGGUGAGGAUCCCAUUAGAGCAUAUUGAAGACCACGUGAGUAAUCACAAAGAUGACUUCGGCUCCGGUCUAGUUCAAGCUGUUAGAGAAGAACCUGUCAGGGUGCAAAAAUCAUCUGAAGAGCCUUAUCUUCUUGAAAAUCAAGAGGCACCGCAUUCAUCAAAAAAUUUGCCUACAGUGUUAACGAAAAAUGUCGAGGCAAGUGAGCAGAUGCUUUUUAUGCCUCAAGAAGUCGGGAUUCUAUCAAAAUCAACGAUAGAGCAUUUGGAUGCUGACGUUCGUCUCGAAAAAAUAUCACGCGCCUCUAGAGAAGAGGAAGGAAGUGUUGAACAGAACCAAGAGCAGGAACUAAACAUUCAGCCUCGCUCUAUUCUUAAAAAGAAUAAAACGACGAAUUCUGAGGAAGAUGACUCUGAUCCUGAUUGGAUAGAUGAAAAUCCCGCUGAGCGGCUUGAACUUGAAAAAGAAAACUUGAUAGGUGCACUUGAAGAAAUUGCCAGUACAUCUUCCGUUCCAAGUAUUUUGGAAGCUCUGUCAACUUUGAAAACAACCGAGGAAAUUAAAAGUGAAAUGCAAAACCUGAGUGAGCAGAAUCAAAAUACUCUCAUCAAAAUGCAGCUUUUACCAAGUGAAAUAAUGAAAAAUAUGCUUGACAAAUCAACUUGGAAAAAUGAGAACGUGAUUUUAAAAGCGCCGAACUUAAACAAGAUGGGAGCAGUGUCAAGCGCACCAUCUGACCUAUCCGAUUAUGACGAAGAUCCGACCGAAGCCACCCUCAUCUACGAAACAGUAAACCUAAACGACGUCAAAAACGAAUCUAUCCGCCCCGGCUCUGGAAAAAAUCCAAGCUCUUCGCAACAAGAAGACAAAUACAAAAAGCAAAAGAGUAUUUGCUGGAAUUCAGUCGACGUCGAAUACUUUCAAAAUUAUCUGCAGCAAUUCAAUUUGGGACCCAAAUGUGGACAUUUAGCCUUUCAUGAGACAUGCUCUGACUGCGAGAUUUACGCAGAUUUCAUCGACAAAAAAGACCAUUUCUGCAAAAAUUGCGUCCCUUCUGCGAAAACUCUUUUACAAAACGAAGCAAAUACGUCCAAACAACCAAUAGUGGUGGCAUUGCGUCACGUGGAUGGGGACCAAGCAUUUGUCUGA